CCCCCCACACUCCACUCUGACGGUCGGACCUCGUCACCCAUGCCUCCCCUCCCCGCCGCGGCAAUGGCCACCGCGACGCUGCCCCUCCGCCUCCUCCCCUCCAAGACCCUGACCCUCUCAUCCAUCCCCUCCGCGCGCCGCUCCCUCUCCGUCGCCGCCGUCGCGCACCGGCGCUGGCAAGUCCGAGCCGCCGCCGAGGAGGCGCCCGAGGCCGUGGAGGUUGAGUUCGUUGAGCCCGAGGCGGAGGCUGAGGAGGAGGAACCGGCGGUGCCGGAGCCCGUCGAGGCGCAGCUCGCCGCCGCCGGGGCCGAGAAGGACGCCGACAUCUUCGCUGUUGUCAUGAUCGGUUCAAGGCAAUACAUUGUGAUGCCGGGCCGGUAUAUAUACACACAGAGAUUGAAAGGUGCCAAUGUCAAUGAUCAGAUCAUAUUAAACAAGGUGCUACUAGUGUCAACUAGGGACAAAGCGUACAUUGGAAUGCCAGUGGUGACCAAUGCUGCUGUUCACGCAGUGGUCGAAGAACAGGGACGGGAUGAUAAAGUUAUAGUCUUCAAGUACAAGAAGAAGAAGAAGUACCAGAGGAAACUUGGUCACAGACAGCCAAACACCAGGUUAAGAAUCACGGGCAUAAGCGGAUAUGAAGAGUACCCUGCUGACCCAAUACUUGACCCUGCUGCAGCUUAAGCUAAAUUGUAAGUUAUGUAGUUACAAACAGCUGGUAGUACAGUAGCAUGCAAAUUUUCUUUUUUGUGUCUGCAAGGAACAUUUUUCAGCAAAAAUUUGCUUUGUUUGCGUGUUCCGAAUUCUGCCAGUCAACCAGUGGUUCGGUCCCCUGUUUAUUCCAUCAGCUCCCCUGUUCAAUUCGAAAUUGUGUAUGCUAGCCAGUUGUAUUACUGUUACACGAUCCCUCCGAAAGAAGAGAAUUUCUUUUUCUUA